UCAGGGUAAAAAAAUUUACCCAGUGACUCAACAAUCACAGUCAAAUCGCAUCGCCCUGCUGAUCAACAUUGAAACGUUUACUACAAGUUUAUACAAAUGUAGAGCUGCGAAAGAUGAGAAAGUCAUGCAAAGUCUACUUCAAACUCUUGGAUAUGAGGUAGUGAGAUGUGGGGACAUCACUGCAAAGAUGAUCGAUAAACCUCUGAAAGAAUUUUCUGAACACCCAAAACUGGCCCUCACAGACAGCGUGUUUGUGACUUUGGUGUGUUAUGGAGGCACGGGAACUGAGGAGUUUGAAAUUGACCAAAUCUUUCAGCACUUAAACUCAAAGAACUGUCCUGCACUGAAGGACAAACCAAAGAUCGUCAUUGUUCACGCCUGCAGAGGAGUGGGGGAGGAAUCGGCGGAUUUACUUGAUAGGAAACAAUUUGUGCCCACAGACGACAUCGAAUCUCUGUCAGUGAACUCUGGCAAAGGUCCUCGGACACACAAUGAAAAGGAUUUCAUCAUU